CAUCCCUUCAACAUAUACGCGUCCUAUUUCCACGUUCUCUCUAUAUAACUCUUCUCCUUGAAAACAUCAAGAAAAUCUUUAACCCCUUAAAAAAAAAAAAAUACGGAGACAGAGAAGAAGAGAAAAGAAACACCCAGAAGCAAUGUCUUAUUCUUCCCUCAAAUUGCCAAUCUUUCUCAUUCUCUCAUCUCUUCUCCAUGCGGCGUUAGGGGAAAACAUUAUAUGCGAGAAUCUGCCAACAACUAUGUGCGCGUUCUCAAUAUCUGCUUCCGGUAAAAGAUGUAUAUUGGAGACGGCUAAUGUGGCCGGAGAAUUCACUUGCCGGACUUCCGCAGUGGACGUGGAAGGGAUUGUAAACCACGUGGAGACCGACGAGUGCGUUUCCGCUUGUGGGGUUGAUCGGAAAACCGUAGGGAUCUCGUCGGACUCAUUGAUGGAAGCAGGAUUUGCCGCUAAGCUUUGCUCAUCGGCUUGCUUGGACUAUUGCCCUAACAUUCUUGAUCUCUAUUUCAAUCUCGCCGCUGGUGAAGGUGUAUUUUUACCUGAUCUCUGCGAUGCUCAACGGAUGAAUCCUCACCGUUCGAUGUUGGAAAUCCUCAGCUCCGGCGCUGCGCCAGGCCCUGUUUCCGAGGUUGCACCAGGCCCUACCUCCGAAGACGUCUCAUCUCCUGCUCUAGCUCCGGCGUCUAUGUAAAAUGUUCAUUAAUUCCACAUGUGUGUCAUAAUACUUUAUAUUAAUAUUUUCGAUUGAUGAUGUCCAUAUAUAAUGGACCGUAUCUUACACUUUCUAUGAUUUGAUGCCGAUAUCAUCAAUAUAAGAGGGAGGAUACAGAGUGGGUUUGAUUUUUGUUUCUGUUUCAUAAUCAACAUUUCACUGUAUAAUAACAACUGUAUGAUACCAUUGUUUUGUCUUCUUGUUCGAUAAAUGAAUAUAUGUAUACCAUUGUGCAA